GGAUUUCCUAUCCUACCCACCACUGCCACAAGUAAGUUCCACUUUUGUUUCUUUCCUUCGGCUUCAUCAUGUCUCGAAGUGAGUUGGUGAUCUAUACGGUCUUGGAGGUUUUUAUCGCUAUAGCAUGUUGUCUUGGGAAUCUGUUGGUGAUUUGGGCCGUCUGGUCGAGCCGGGUUCUUCGUAAGACCACCUUCUGCUUUGUUGUAUCACUGGCAGUGGCUGAUUUUCUGGUGGGCGCUGUGGUCGUACCUCUGGCUGUGUUAAUUGAUGGACGAGUAAAGACGAGAUUUUACACUUGUCUGUUCAUCAGCUGCGUGGUCAUUGUGUUGACCCAAGCCUCCGUUCAUUCCCUGCUCGCUAUCGCUGUGGAUCGAUUCCUGCGUGUCCAUAAUCCCCUCAGGUACAGAGGAGCGAUCAAAAAACAAAACCUGUGGGCAGCGGUCACCGUCUGUUGGGUUUCCGCUUCUUUCUUGGGUUUCAUUCCCCUGUUUGGAUGGCACAAAGAAGACCCCACAACAAACGUCAACUCAACCCUCACUUGCGAAUUUCUUGCAGUCAUUCCCAUGUCGUAUCUGGUCAACUUCGUAUUUUUCGUUUGCAUCCUCCCACCAACUGUGGUCAUGUUCGCCCUCUAUUUGUAUAUCUUCUGUACGAUAUCUAAACAACUGAGAAAAGGAAUCGGUCAAGCUGCGGAGUCCACGUCCUUUCUCCAAAGAGAGAGGAGAUUGGCCAGUUCAUUGGCUUUGGUGUUGGUUUUGUUUGCUAUUUGCUGGUUCCCGCUUUACAUAAUGAACUCGUUGAGUUAUUUUAAGCCGAGUCUAAAGAUGCCGGCUGUUGCCUUUCACAUAGGCGUUUUACUUGUGCAUGGCAACUCUGCAGUUAACCCAAUAGUGUACGCUUUCAAGGUCCCAAAGAUUAAGACUGCAUAUAAAAGCAUCUUGAUGAAGCUCACAAGCUGGAAGCCAAACACCGAUCAAAACAGCCAGAACUUGGAUAAAACCGUCAGCAGCUCAAACACUAACAUCAGGUAUAAAGUGAAAAAUGCUCAAACACCCAAGAUGGUUUUGACCGUCAGUCAAGAUCUUUAGCAUGGGACGAUUACGUAAUAUCGAAAUACUUUGUAAUUUUUUUU